AUGAUUUUUAAAUCUUUGUUCGUUGUAAACAUUCUUAUCUUCAACUUCGAUAUAUCAAGGAGCGAAAAUUUCUGCAAGCAUGACAUCUGUUUAAAUUGGUGGGGUAAUACCUUGGCUGCUAGCUUGAAAGAAGCCCAAGACAUUUGUGCGAGCAACGGUUCGAAACUACUCGAAAUUUUGGAUGAUAGAAUGUUUGAAGUACUAGUGAGUGUAUAUGGAGAGAUAUCCAGUGACAAUUUUUGGUUAAAUUUGAGAAGUUUUUCCCAUGAAUGGCAAUGGCUAGACGGAACAUCAGCCGCCAGCCAGAAGAUAUCUCAAAAUUAUGGUAAUUAUGGGAGUGUUCAGUUAUCUGGUGAUGUAGUAACUGUUACAUCAAACACUGCCAGUAACAAAUCGAACUACGCUUGUCAAUAUACAACAAACGCCACAUUAAAAAUAAGUAACUGGAAAGACGACAAUUUUUACGCAAAUUCAAACUGCGCCUACGUGUCUUUCAGUAACAACCUAAAAUGGUUUACGAGUAAUUGUGAAAUUCGAAAUUCUCGAUACGCAGUUGCUUGCUACAACAACCAGAGUCUAGGAAACAACUCGAACACGACACCGGCCUACAUGUGUCACGACUCAACAACCUCAUCAACUCCGGCUUCAACAUUAGCACCACCAAAAACAUCAACAACAGCAACAACAACGACAAAACCACCACUACCAACAACAACAACAACAACAACCGACUUGGGCCCGCAAUAUGCCGAGGUGAUCAACAUGGCCACGAAUAGUGGCCACAAAAACGGCGGCAAAGAACUUAAAAGUAACGAUCACAUGGGCGAUAAGAAUGUUCUAAAUUAUGUAGAAAUAGAUUUCAUAAAAGCACUAGUUCACAAAAAUGAUGACGAAGAAGAAGAAAAAUACAAGAGCAGUGACGAUCCUGUCUAUAAAAAUAUCAACCAUGUUGACGUGACCCUGAAUAGAAAAAGUGUUGACAACAUGUUCGAGGCUGACGGCGUUGAUGAGGAGUUUGAGUUUAGGGGCAGUUAA